GCCGAGCCGCUGCCGACCAUGCACCCAUUUAACGCAACACCUUGAGUCUGGAGUAAAAAACACAAAUUGUAAAUCCCAUGUCGGAAGCCGCGAGGGUGUCAUCGGGCGCCAGAUGAUGAACUCGUACUUCGAGCAGAGCAGCUUCUACAACAGCCAAGGGGGCAGCGCUGCCGAGCAGGCCUACCGGUUCCCGCAGGGCCUGCUCGUGCCGCCGUACCCGCAAUCGACGGCAGCAGCGGCCGCUGCUGCCGCCGCGGCAGCUGCAGCCCGCGUAGCGUCUCACGACUCAACUCCAACGGCCUACGACUCCUCGACAGCAGCAGCAGCAGCAGCCUGCAAACUCUACCCGACCGACACGAGCGGAGCGUUCAAGACCGAGUGUUUGGUCAAGGACCAGAACGGCUUCGGCGGCGCUGUGAAGGACAUGGCAGCAGGAUGGCCCUCGACGUCGCUGGCCAGCGUCAGGUCACCCACCGAUGCAAUGCGAUCGUUCGAUGCCACUUCGACGACCGCUCCACGCGUGUCCGACGCCUGGACUCCCUGCUGCCAAAACACGACCGCCGCGGCCGCUGCUGCCGUCGCGCAGGCCCCUACCAACGCCUUCUACCCGUGGAUGGCAAUUGCAGAUCGGGACGUGGCGAUGCUUAUGAAUCUGUCCCUUUCACACUGGCAAGCAUCCGCUUCUCCCUGUCUCAACAGCUACAUAGCACGAGCAAGUGGGUUACGACGGCGUGGCCGCCAGACAUACACCCGCUACCAAACCCUUGAGCUGGAGAAAGAGUUCCAUACCAACCACUACCUGACCCGGCGGCGGCGCAUUGAAAUGGCGCACGCUUUGUGUCUCACCGAACGCCAGAUUAAGAUCUGGUUCCAGAACCGUCGCAUGAAGCUCAAGAAGGAAAUCCAGGCCAUCAAGGAACUCAACGAACAGGAACGUCAGGCACAAGCAGCAAAGGCUCAGCAAGCCGCCUCUGGAACGUCGCAGUCGUCGGCGGACGUCAAAACGUAAGAUCCAACCAGUCUUCUUCUUUCGUGCGCGGAUCCCGCUUAGGGCCGUUGCUGCAACAAAAGCACAAGUCCCUGGUUAGGAUUUGCUCGCGCGAUAUAUAAACACACACACGCACGCACGGAGGUCACCGCGCAUUGAGCGCUCGAGCUCGUGAACGCGUGAACUGUUUGAGCCUCCCGUUUGAAUCGCCCUGGUCCCUGAUGAUCGACUACUACUACAAGGAGUGCAAAAGGACUCGGACAGUGAUGAUCGGGGGCUUCACCUACGAAUUGUGCAUUCGUUAACAGAAACGAAAAAAAAAUGGACGCUGAUGAAUGUGGCGUCGGUUUUUAUGAACUAUACACGAACAGCCGAUUGCGCUGGUUUAUUCUCGUUUUCGUCGUUCACGAUGUUAGUUUCAUCCAUCCCCAGCAUUUUUGUUUUUUUUUUCGUUUUUCAUUCCCCCUCUUUGUGUUCUUCUCUUCUGCUUUCCUUGUACGGAAGGUAUAUUCAUGUUCGUGUGUUUUCAUGUCGCAAGCAAGACGGCCCCGUAUUCUGCUGAAAGUGUGACAUUGCUGUAAUAUUGUAGCGCAAUGGCGCUGUAUAGGGCAUUGUUGUGAUGGGUGAUCUUCUUGCAUCAAGAUGCAUUUAAAAUUAUUUCAGUUUCGAGUGCACCUAUUCGUCCUUAAUUGUAGAUAGCAAGGGCGUGCCAGUCCUGUGUUUUAUCUUUCGCAUUUUUACGCCAAUGUACACAUUGACGUGUACACUUAGCGUAUUUCAGGGAAGAGCUUGCAGGGUGAUGUCAUUUCGAGGAGCCAAAUUGUACUUGUUCCUGUGAUUCUCACGUACACGACAUUUAUGUUCGCCUCUGUAGAGUCCUUCCGUCUCCCAGUAUUUUAAACGUUGGUCCUGGACUCAACGUGGGAUCUACGAAAUAUUCCACGCUCGACGAUGGCAUACGUCGAGAACCGCAAAAUACGUAACAAUCGGUGCACAAUGUGCCAAUAAAGUGCCAUGUUAACAGAAUUCGCUUUAGGUAUACUGUAUACAAGUGACCCAUAUACGUAUUACGAAUUGUAAACGUCGUCGAUUCCUGAAAACUGGGAAGAAACGUGCGCGGGGACGCAUCGAAAAGGUUGCGUCAGGUGCGUUACAUUAUUUGUAGUUUGAGGCAGGGAACAAUUCUGUUUGCAUUCAUCUAAUAUUUUCGUCACGGGUCUAAAGACAAGUAUCAUAGACCUGUCUCGAAAAUUACUGUUUUCAUUGACUGCAGAAUACAAAAAAAAAAAAAUACAGAUAUCGCCAGGCCACAGGCCAACCUUAAAAAAACACCUUAUCUAUGAUUGAGAUUUGAUACCACAUAUUGCCAGAUGAUACUGUGAAAUGUACAUAAAUACCAUAUUUCGAAUUCAGCGCCAUCAGAUACGUAUUAUACUAGAGCUCCUCGACCGGAAGGAGACACGUUUUUAGGUAUUUCCUUCUCUACGUUGGUGUCUUGUCUAGAGUAGUCUAGUUGUCUCUCGUAAGCCCUUCAUGUUCCACGUACAUAAAACAAGCAAUGGCGUGUGUAGCGUGUGAGCCUGAACAUAAGCCAGAAUCGAUCGUGCUGUGCAAUUAAUGUUCGCCAACAGAAAUUGUUCACACGAUUCGAGUGACAUCGUGAACUGUGGAACGCGAAUAUCUUUCUUUCUUUCUCUUCUUCUUCUUCUUUUUCUUUUUCUGCUUAUUUGUUUAUUGAAUAUUGACACUGUCUAUGCAAAUUUUCUAUACUGUUAACCAAGUCCUACUUUUUAUUCGAACUGUCCCAAGAAUUAUGAUAGUCUCCUCUGUGUCUGUCAGCAAUCUUUGCCAGGCCGUGACCGCCUCUUCUUACUCUGUCUGCCAUGUUCGAUAUUAGACAGGUUAUCUAACUUCAGCCGUUUACGUCAUUCUUGGAAGGUUAGCGUAACUGAAACAGUGACGUGAUGUGAUAGAGGAAGAAAAAAAUGGGGACGUAACAGAAAACAGAAGAGCAGAUACACGUGCUACCGCAGUACGCCAGGUAUGUGUUUUGGGCGCCCACUGCAAAUCACCAGCCCAAGCAGCACAAUGUACUGAAAGUCGAGUACAAUGGGGGUGAACGGAUAGGUGGAAGGCCUUGAACAGUCUCGUGAAACUAAAGAACAUUGAUAAGACACAUACCGUCCACCCCGAUUGCACUCAACUUUCAGUACAUUGUGCUGCCUGGAAGAUCAGGGCACAUAAAGUGACACAGAAUCCCAUUCGACGAUUGACCCGGGUAGAACCUGAGAUAUGCAGCGAGAAAUUGCUUAGUAUAUCACACGCAUGAGAUAUGAUUUGCGUCUGAUUGAUUGGAAAAUAAGAAUAUGGAGACGUACAUGACGUACCUCUAUACUUCUACUCUGUGCGACGCUUAUAUCUAUUACACCGCCUAAUUGCUUUUGCGCCAGUGCAACACUGUACCUCUAAGUUACAAUAAUUGCAAACAUUUCCUUUAGCCGACCAAUCUGAAACACCGCUCAUAGCCAUUUUAUGUAGUUGUUUUUCAUUUUUAAUUUUUUAAAAUAAUUAUAUGGGGCCUUUAAUACCGUGCGGAUCGGUAGUGUUGUAAUACACUUUAUCAGAAGCAUUAUAAGCAAAAAACUGGCCAAUGAAAGCUGGAAGCUCUAAUAAUUGCCCAAAUGACUGGCUAAACGCCUGAUUACAGUUGGGGGAAAGCCAUAUGAUCUCCUCGGGACAUGCUAUACCCAAAAGGCAUGACUUAAAGAUCUUCUGAUCAAAAACAAAAAGUUGAAAGAAAGGUGGAGUUAGAAGAGCAUUCGAAAGACAUUGCAAUGCCUGCUUUAUUGUUCAGGGUGUAGAAACGCCCCACGCUUUCUUCCUGUCAUUUAUAGUCAUAUACCAAGAACGAUUUUCAUGUCCGAAAUGUAUAAAAACUGUAUUAUAAGAACGAUCCUGGCUAACUGUUCAGGUUUCACGACGCCGUGGCACGCACCCUUUCCCGUUCCAGUGACAUGUUACCGAUCUCAUCCGUGAGGAUCAUUUGUGCAGCACGCAUGUUGACACUUAUUUAGUGAAUCUCGUUCUUUUUCUCUCAAGCCAACCUGUAUGUAAAUUGCUGAGCGGUAUACGGUUUAAAUUUGCAGGAUGUUAUGUGUUAUGAUUUGCGAGAAGAAAUAGGUCAACUAUGAGAGAAAUUGUAUAGAAUUACCCCCAUACACGCGCGAGAUGGUUAUUGUGAGAAUUACUGCAAUAAUAUUGCUCUUACAGGUGGUUUUGUGGUUUGUGGUUUAAAAAAGUGGCUAUUUCAUGAUCCGGCUAAAGUUCGGGGCUUCUCAAAAUGUGCAGGUUGUUGACGAUUCGUCACGCAGCAAGAGCACAAAGUGUAUUUGUUAAUGGCAUACAUAAUUAUACGUACUUACACCGUCGGCGCCAUUUUGUGAGGUUUUGAAUGAUUUCGGGAUGAGCCGCUGUUCACUAUUCUGGAGCAAGACAUUUGACGUGGCAUUUAUAUCAGUGUCAUGUUUUGUUCUACUCUUCUAUCGACAUCACACCAUCGUUCAUUUUGACCUGCAAUAGGCAGAAAUAGUAUUUACGUAAAAUUCUACAAAAUUACAGUAAUUGAGUAGCGUUCAUUACCAUAUCAAAGGGACCCAAGCAAUCACCGAACACCGCGAAAGUGACGUCAUUUGGGAAGCACGUAGCUUAUGUUUAUAAACCUGUGAGCGCAUGAUGUGUUCGUUCAGUUAAAAUUUGGGAGGGAAAUCCACUAUUUUUCAUUUAUUUAUUGUUUUUUUUUUUUUUUUACGUACCUUUCACAUUUCUUAUUUCGUUCUCAUGCUAUAAUUCCUUGUCGAGCCAAGUUGUGUAACCUGCUUACUGGCCACCUUGUCACUAUGUGACAUCUUGCUUUCAGGCCAUUGCAUUCACACAUGCAGCAUAUACUUAAAAUACACGUGCCGGAAGAUGUCCUGCUCAGAAAGUGGAAAGUGGUGUCACACCCGAAAUAGAUAUGUAUAUAUCUCGGUAUUUUAGGUACACAAGCAUACGACAUACCGAUAUACGUAACUAAGAACCAAACUGAUCAACUGAUCGUCUGUAUCCAUGGAAAACUGCAAGUUGUGAUUGCUCAGUAUACGUAGACGAUGAAGAAAUGGUUUUUAUAGACUUACCUAUUUUGUCAAUCAUAUUAUAUAUAUAUUUAUACAUUCACCUGUUAAAUUUAGGAUUUUGUGCUACUGAACAUGUUCUUCAUUUCGACACUUGUGAAAGAGGUAAAGUGAGGGGAGUUCAGUCUUUAUUAUUUUUUCCCCCUUUGCUCCCGCGCUAUGUGCACAACGGCCGGUGCUGAACACGUCAUGAAGUAUUCGUCGGCCUCAUUACAGUUGCCAUGUAAUUAUCAUGUUUUCCGUGAUGUGAAGUGUGACAUGCGGAGGAAAUACAUACCUGUAUCACAUCA